AUGAUACUAUGGUAAAGUGGUGGUAAACAUUAAAUCGUGUUCCUUUGAAUAAUUUUAAUAAGUUAUUAUUAUAUAUUGGAUAAUAGUUUGAACAAAGGAAUAAUAAAUUUUAUUUAGAUUAAGAAGUCUGUCACCAAACAUCCAGCUUGAAAUUGUGACUUACUGUAUUGACUGAUUGUUCAAACAGUAAUGUUAAAUAUAGGGUGUUGUUUUUAUUGAGUAAAAUUAUUAUAUAUUUCAAUCAGUAAAAUCAACCAAAGUCCAAUUUUAAAGGCAUCUACAGAUAAUGGGGAAUUAUUUUUCAAUCAACUUGGAAGAUCUAUAUAGAAACAAUGAAAAAUUUCUUCAGAAUCUUAACGAAAUUGCAAUGGAAAGACAAAUUCAGUUAAGGGAUCAAAUGGCUGAGAGGCAACGGGCUACAGAAAUAGCUAAAAGUAGAGAUUUAUUCCUUUGGACUACAGCAUUUUCCUGUGCAGCUGCUACCGGCUUAUUUACUGGGUUUAGGCGCACUAAGAGAGCAUAUUUCUUGUUUCCGCUAUUGCCACUUACUUUUGUAAACUUAUAUUAUUGGGAUCUUGCAUAUGGAAACAAAGUUCACCGUAUUAGAAUGGAAGCAGAGCAUAUCAUGACACAUGAGUCUGACAUGCUGGAGUUACCAUGUGGUCUACCAACUCCAUCUUCAGUUGAUCAAGGCCGUAUGGACGAAGAGGAAAAGAAAAAAAUCCACCCCCCACUACCUUAGCCGAAAUAAAACAAAUAAUGUUGCUACGAAGUGUGCCUUCACCGCGUUGUAGUUUAGAAGGCUUUUUAGAUUUUUCAAUGUAUGUGCUAGCUUUAUAAAUAAGGAAAAUCGCAUUACAAAAAAAAAAACUGUGCAAUUAUAUUAAUGUUCCAAAUUAAGAUAUACUCAUGUUUAAUAUUCCAAAUCGUCUGUGUGAUUUGUCUUACUAUCGUCUAACUAAAAGUCUUAUCGUCAUUCAGUACUACUACUACUAAAAGUUUCUUAGCCAACAACAGUAUUUAGGGACUUAUGUUUAAUUAAAUUUUAACUAUGAGGUACUAAUUGAGUACCUAGUGAUAUUUUCCAAUAGGUAGUAAUGUUAUAUUAUUAUAAGUUAGUGUGGUGAUAUAAUUAUAUAUCCUUGAAACAGUUGUUGCAAGCAUUUAUAACUAUGUAUAUUGCAUUUACUAGUUGCAUCUCAUUACUUAAUUUUACUUAUUUUAACGUGAAUA